AUGAACAGUUUUCGACUGUGUUGUUUGCUGAAAAGAGAUGCGAAUAGAGAGGAGCAGUAUCGCGUUAAACAACCAGAACCCAUCAAAUAUUCGUGGGACAAGGAGCGUCCAGAUCCAUCGCAAUAUCAGUUCACGAAUCUUCACGGUGAAGUGGUGGCAAAACUUGAUGGUCACGUAAAUGGCCAGCAAUUCAUAAUUGAUAAAUGCAAGGAGUGUUGCAUUUUGGUACUCGAUCACACGGCAUGCGUGAACAUCGAUGACUGCGAAAAAUGUUUGAUUGUACUAGGGCCGUGCAAGGGCAGGUUUGUUGUGCUUAAGACUUGCUUAAGACAUGUUUCAAUUGAGUAG